AUGGAACAAAAGAAAUCAAUCCACCAUGGGCUUGGCUUUGUGAUAGGACCUAGACUACAAAAUCACGUCAUCGCCUACGGGCGUGUCAGUGACCGCAUUGCCACAUUGGACCUGUCCCUCCCUCUUAGAAAUGGCAGGACUGCCAAGUGUCGCAUUGUAAACGUCUACGGCCCAACAACAGAAAAAGCCCAAGAGAACCCACUUCUCGUGGAAGCACUGUAUGAUGAGCUAAGCAAUGCUAUCGAAAUCCCCUCAAGAUGGCUGCUGUUUGUAUGUGGAGACUUCAACUCCAAACUUGGUAAACUAAGCAAGACAGACCAUGACGCAGGACUAAACCUGUGCAUAGGCUCGUAUGGAAUGGACGACUGCAGCAAAAUGUUUCGGGCAGCACGCGCCCUCAGGGUUGGAACCUCCACUCCAUCCCUCUUAGUCCACAACACCGAAGGUCACUUCAUUGCUACAGACAAAGGCAAAGCAGAUGGUAUAAGAGAAUGGUUCCUGCACCAGUUCACUGACCCAGAUGGAGAAAAACUGGACCCAUUCCAAGGUGACCCUAGCCCCCUUGAAGUCCCUAUUUCAGAGGACGAAGUCAAGAGAGCCAUAGCAUCCUUGAGAAAUGGGCGUUCAGCAGGACCUGAUGGAGUCAGCAAUGAGUUAUUCAAGUAUGGAAGCGACAUUACAUCCCCAGUCCUUACAUCCAUCUUGAACUAUGCCUUUGAACACCAAGAUCCAAUAGAAGCCAUUGGCGAUGGUACACUCAUUGCCCUACCCAAGCCCAAGAAACCCCCUGGUCCACCGGCGAACUUACGACCUAUUACCCUCUUGAACAGUAUUAGAAAAAUCCUGUCCACUGUUGCGCUCCAUCGCAUCAGAGACAAAAUAGACAACUUCACGGGGCCAUAUCAAAGUGGAUUCAAAAGGGGACGAAGCUGCGCAGACAUAGUGUGGGCCCAACGCAUGCUAGUCUCAGUUGUCAUGUCCAAACACUGGGACUUCCACAAGAUGGGCAUAGACAUGUCUCGUGCUUUUGAUACCGUAAAACGAUCAAAAAUCCUAGAAGUGCUAGACCAGGCUGGGUGUAACAACGACGAACUGCGAUUGGUGAGACUACUGCUGUCAGCGGCAUUAGAAACAGUGCGGAGAUCUUCAGCGAGACCUAAUUCUCCCGUCUCUGAACUGGGCAUGCCCCUAGAAAUGGAGUAUGCAGACGACGUGGAUUACCUAGAUGAGGAAAAGGCCCCGCUAGAAAGACUCUUACCUGUUGCGGCAAGGAACCUCAAAGACUCAAACCUGUUUGUGAAUGAAGGUAAAACAGAAUUCACACACGUCUACUUGGCUGACAAACCACGACGAGGAGAAGAAGAAUGGAGGAAGAGCAAAAUCCUGGGGUCCCUCCUCUGUAGUUCAGCUGACAUAGAAGCACGCUGCAUCAUGGGAAACAUUGCUUUUAGAUCCUUCUGUAAGAUCUGGAUCAGAAGAUCUAGGGUUCCCCUGACAAGGAAGCUACAACUGUACAACGCCUGUUGUGUUUCCAUCAUGCUAUUUAACUGCAACAGCUGGGCAGCACCUAGGACAGUCAUAGAAAAGCUGGACACCUGCCACCGCAAACAUCUGCGUGCCAUCACAGGUCUUCAAUGGCCAAGAAGCAGGGUGACCAACGAUACACUGUACAAAGUCUGUAAUACGGAACCUCUCUCCGUGAAAGUUGAGAAACUCAGGUGGUCUCUGUUCGGACAUAUUCUCAGAAUGCCACAGGACACACCUGCACAAAAAGCUCUGGAAUUUUCAUUCCUUAGCUCUAAGAGAUAUAAAGCUCGCAGGGGGAGACAUUGUAUCAACCUACUCAACCUACUGAAGGGAGACCUGAAGCGCAGAAAGCUAGGCCCUCCCACAACAGAAAAGAAACUCAAGGAGCUUAGAGAGCUCGCGAAGCAGAAGACACGACAGUAA